AUGGGUUCCCCGACCAUCGGAGACGCUUGGUGGGCCACUUUCUACUCCCUGGCUGUCUGGGCCACCCUCCUGGUGACGCUGAUCACCACCACCAUCCACAAGUUCAGGCCAGGGCUCGUGGCCCUGCUUUCCAUCACCAUCAUGCUGCUGAUGGGCACUGCCAACACCUUCCUGUUCUUCAACGACGUGCAGACCGGGAACUCGAGCUUCAAGGCCGGCACCCGCACGACGGUGGCAGGGGCCAUCAUCGUCACCAUGGCCUCCUUCGUCCUGGUCUUCCUCAUCGGCCUGCACGAUGAGGACGCCACGUGGGACGAGAGCCACAAGGCUUCCCGGGCGGUGAUCAAGUCCCCGGCCUCCCCCACGCCCAGCAAGGCCACUUCCACCUCCACCUUCGAGGCCAGGGGUCUGCCCCCGACCACCGCGUCGCCCUCCGCGAGCGCCGGCGGCCGUUAG